GUAAAGAAGGAGGGAGGCAGAGUUCCAGUUGUUGGGUUUUCCCUCACACACUGAUUAUUUUCCGUUUGGGAAUUUUCGGUUUUAAUCCAUUUCAGCAGAAUUUCCGAGUCGGAAUAUUUUAUCACGGGUCACCUCUGUUGAUUAAUCUCCACUCGAAAGCUUCAAGUCUGAUUGGUUGCCAUGACGACAGAGGUGGGGUCAGAGGCGGAGGUGAAGAAGGAGCCGGAGAAGCAGCAGAGCGAGGAGCAGCAGGUCGAAGAAUCCAGCGCAGAGAGCACGCAGAACACUGAUCCAGAACCUCAAGCUGCAUCGGAGAACCCUCAGAACCCUGAGAGUCCAGAGAAAGUGGAGGCGGAGCCUGCCCCACCAACAAGCCCCUCCCCUUCCAGCGGGCAAAAGAAGGACAAAGGCAUCUCUCGCUUCCUGCCUUCAUGGCCCAAACGCCAAAAAUCCCUCAGCCAAGUGGAGUCUAAAGACGCGCCCACUCAGACACAGGAAGAGGAGGAGCCAAAGGGAGAAGGCGAGUCACCCGAGAGGAAGCAGGAGCAGAAUUCUGUGUGCAGCUCAGAGACACAGCCAGAGAGAGGGGAAGACACUGAGAAGAAGGGCGGAGAGGAGGAGAGCGCCGCCGUGUCUCCUCUCAAACCUGGAAAGAAGAUGAAGAUGGUGGUGUGUCAUGUGACCCUGCUGGACGGGAGCCAGUACCAGUGUGAAGUGGAGAAGCGAGCCAAGGGUCAGAUCCUGUUUCAGCAAGUGUGUGAGCACCUGAACCUCCUGGAGAAGGAUUACUUCGGCCUGAGCUUCAAAGACAACGCUGACCAGAGGUGCUGGCUCGAUCCGAUGAAGGAGAUCAAACGUCAGAUCCGCAACUCUCAGUGGCAGUUUGCCUUUAACGUGAAGUUCUAUCCAGAUCCCUCACAGCUCACUGAGGACCUCACCAGGUAUCUGCUGUGUCUGCAGUUGAGGCAGGACAUCGUGUCGGGUCGGUUGCCGGCUUCCUUCGUCACCCUGGCUCUGCUUGGCUCCUACACGCUGCAGGCCGAGCUCGGGGAUCACGACUUGGCCGAGCAGCAGCUCCACUCCGUCUCCGACUUCCAGCUCGCUAAAGAUCAAACCAAAGAGCUCGAGGAGAAAGUGCUGGAGCUGCACAAGUCCCACAGGGGAAUGUCUCCAGCUCAGGCUGAUGUUAAUUUCUUGGAAAAUGCCAAAAAGCUGUCCAUGUAUGGUGUUGAUCUUCAUCAUGCAAAGGACUCCGAGGGCGUGGACAUCAUGUUAGGAGUGUGUGCUAAUGGUCUGCUGAUCUACAAAGACCGCCUGAGGAUCAACCGCUUCGCCUGGCCCAAAAUUCUCAAGAUUUCUUACAAGCGCAGCAACUUUUACAUCAAGAUCAGACCGGGAGAGGCGGAGCAGUUUGAGAGCACAGUGGGAUUUAAGCUGCCCAACUAUCGCGCUGCUAAGAGGGUUUGGAAAGUCUGUGUAGAGCAUCACACCUUCUUCAGGUUGUCGAAUCCGGAGCCGCCAACUAAGUCGAAGUUCCUGACUCUGGGUUCUAGGUUCCGUUAUAGCGGGAGAACCCAGACUCAGACCCGACAGGCCAGCACUCUGAUAGACCGACCCGCUCCACACUUUCUCCGCACGGGCAGCAAACGCAGCUCACGCAGCCUUGACACCGCUCCAGUGAGCGAUUUUGGCCACGCCCCUGGUGAGAACGGUCGUGACCCCGCCCUGGAUCUCUCCUCCGAUUCCAAGAUUCUGCAGGUGAAAGAAGGGGCGGAGCCUGGAGAGGCCACAUCGGUUGCAGUCGCUGCUGAACCUGUAGCAGAGACUGAAACAGACGGAGCUGAUUCCUCUCGAACCCAGAGCAAGCUGAGAGUGCAGGGAGAGAAUAUUUAUGUCAGACAUAGCAAUCUAAUGCUGGAGGAUCUGGAUAAGACACAGGAGGAUGUUUUGAGGCAUCAGGCUAGCAUUAGCGAGCUAAAGCGCAGUUUUAUGGAGGCGGCUCCAGAACCUCGGCCCAGUCAGUGGGAAAAGCGUCUGACGGGCAGCCCCGCUGCAACCAGCCUGCGUCCGCCUGUCCCAGGGAUAAACCCCGCCCCCCUCGAGAGCGCCCUGUCUGACAGCGGUGACAUCAGCAAGAACAAACAGAAUUCAGGGCUUAACGGUCAGCCAGAGGUUAUAGAAGUGGUGGAAGAGAUCAUCGUUAUUGAGGAGGUCAAAGCAAAUAAGCCCAAAAGCCCGCUCCCUGAGGUAUCCACUGAGGUGACCGUGGUUACAGACAAAGCCCCGGAAGCAAAGGAAGAGGAGGUGGAGCCGGAGAAGAGCGGUGGCUCGUCAGAGAGUGAGAGCGAGGAGGAGGCAGAGUAUCACGCUCAGCUUCCUGCCUCCCCAGACUCCACCCAGCUUAUCGAAGAAGAGCCUGAAGAGGAGCAGGAGCAAGAGGUGGAGCUUAAUCAAGAAGUUACACCUACAGAGGCAGAGCCCCAGGCGGUCAGCGAGUCCG